UAUCCCAUAAAAAAAACCUAGACACUGUAAAUAAUGAGUUGUUUGGUUUGCAUGGGAAUGCAUACCUAGUAGCACGGAGAUCUUUAUGUAAAGCCCUAAACAUUGCCGUUAACAAAACAAUGCGAAAAGAUUGGUCUGUCUGUAUUUCAUUUUGAAUUGAUAGCAUUUGAUGUUCGACAUAAUAUUCUUAUUAUAUAUUCUGAUAUUCAAUGGAAUGUUCGAAUGUUGAGACAUUUUUAGCAAAUGCUGAUGAUUAACCAUCUUUCUGCUCCCCUUCAUGGUCCGGUGUACAAAUAUCUACUUCUUCAUAAGAAUGGCUUUCGCAGCGAAAAGGAUCUCGACAGGAUAACGGCAAAUGACGGCGCAUCUUUCUACCUUUUGUGGACAAGUGUGGUACUUUGUGUUCGGAGAAUCUCCUGCUGUGCUGCCUCUUGGAAACGUACGGAACAGGAGAAAGCGCUGACGUGAUGCUUUUUGGAACUAUUUUAUCCUCGAUGCGUACGCUGAUCAGAAAGCCAGAUGUGCGCCAAAGAGCAGCGGAAGUGGCGAAUAAGUAUUUAUAUACAGUAAUUGAUAUGAAGACUGCUUGAAAGUAAGUUGUCCUACUAUUACUUGUCUUUCUUUUUAUUUUGGUUAUGUCUACAGUUCCUUUGGUCAGUUCGCGCAGCAUUCAAAUCGCUCCAGUUUUGAUUAGGAUAAAAUGGUAAUUGGAACCUUGGUGCGUACCACUUCGGCUCCAAAUGUGGCACAAAAAUUCACUCUGGGGAGCGAAAAAUCCCAUGGACAACGCCCAGCCAGCCUUUCCCAAGCACCCCGUUUAUUCUCCAUGUCUUCGGAAAAUCUGACUCGCCAAGCAAUUGCCGGUGCAGAAAUUAACUCAAGGCGAAGAUCCGGGAUAAUAUUUAGUGUAACCAUCAGCGGGAAGGCGCAGUCGAUGGUUUUGGAAUCACUCAUAGACGAGUACAGCCGUAAUUCAUUUCUUCCACCAAAGUUAUUUGACGAUUUUAUCCGACAUAUUCCCAUAUUACGGAUGAUGAUAUAGGUCCCACCUGCUGUGCUGGCAAACACCCCUACCCCCACCCGCGUAUAUGCCAACACAGGGGCGAACCGUAGGGUCAGGGCCUGCUCUAUACACGUAUUUGGGGCGGCAAAUAGCCAGUGCCCACUCAUGUGCACACUGCGCAGUAGUCACACCGCGCAGCAGUGACUACUGCGCGGCGCGGUAUGCACAGCAGCAGCGUUGAUGCAUAACAGUCGUACACCUGACUCUACUGAAAGACGUUACACCGUUCAGUAGAGUCAGGUGCAUAACAGUCGUGCAUCAACGCUGCUAUACUCCUGCUAACACGCGGGCCCACGCACCGCAUUUAAAUUUUUGUUGGGAGGUACUCUGCUGCGAAGAGAACUUCUAGUUCUUUCGAUCGUUUGUUGUGGUCUUUUGAGAGUCGUGCUUUUGCAGCAGAACUAGUUUACAUGAACCAACUUCUUUGACUGUUAAUACUGAAUUGAUAAGGAGUUUCGGUGGAAAAUUGGUGAGUUUUGUUUCGUGCCAAUCGAAACAGUAGAAUUGUUGCGUGGUCAUAUGAUCGUAUACUGAUGUGUGUUUGGAAUUUUGGAUUGAUUUGUUGAGAAUUAUGAAAUCGACAUUUGGAUUCCAUCUUGUUUUAAAUUGCCCUUGUGUCUUAGUGCCGAAGGAAUAUCUCGUUGACGAACUAUAGUGAACUGACUUUGGAUUUUUAAUAAGAACGGGGUUUUCAUGCGUCGUCAUCAGGCACUGCUGCCCCAGUCCGUCCCAAAUUCGCUGUCUUGGAUCAGUACUCAGUGCAUCCCGUUUUCAAUUUUUCGAUCGGAGUUAAUCGGAACGAUAACCACCCUACUGCUGCUGGUGUUAUCAGACGCGUUAUUCCCGAGAAUAUCGAAGUGCUGUUUAUGAGCUAAGCCAAGAUUUACAGAUUCCCUUACCUGUUCGCCUUCCUGAUCGGGCUGUGGUGUGUGUGGAUUUUCCGGGAUCCGACGGCGGUGCUUACAAGUGCCCCGUCAUCAUCCAGCAAGCAGUGGUGCUUACCAGCGCCCAGCUCUGCAACGUUCACAUUCGGCGUCGGCGGUACCCACUACCACGCUGGUGUGUUCGUCGUCGUCAGCCACUUCCUGAGCAGUGUGCGGUGCUACCCAGCGCCACUUUCUGCUCGGAGGUUCUCCUGUCCCCCAGUUGCCCACAGUCGCGAUCCCUGCUGUGUUCCGCGCUCAUCCGAGACUGAGAGAUGGCAGGAAGAUAUAUACAUAAACGCACGCGAGUGAACGCCGGCGUUGAAGAAGAAGAUAAGAGAAUAAAGAAAUACUAUAAGAAAACAGCCCUGGAGCUCGUUGACGAUGACGCCGCGGUCCCGCGUUCUCCCGCAGCACCAGCAGCAGCAGCUGAUUCCGUCGAUCGUGACCUAGCCCUGCAGUGCCUAGACGAGGCGGAAAGAAAUAUUAGUGCCAGGCGGCGUUCCGCAACCGCUGCAAGUUCGUCUACUAACCCGCGUGCGGCCGGGGCCAAAAAGACCAAGCCUACACCGGUCGGGAUUCCAAAGAAAGCAGCUGUCUCUGCCAUUCCUCCUCCUCACGACGGCGAUAGCCGUUCGCCGGUCAUGCACGAGUGCGGGAUGGAUGCUGCUGUACUGUCGUCGAGCACCGGCGGUGAGCCAUCCGUCCAAGCAAUGGGUGAUUCUACCUUAGCCCACCGUAACUGUUCACCGCUAUCGCCCGCUGAGGUAGAGGCACUGCGCCGGAAGAUCUUGGUUCCUCCCCGCCGAAAUGCUACGGGACAUCCAAUGAUUCGGGAAUUUCCUCGCAUACGGUACCUGAUCAGGCGCGCCACCUGUGGAGCAGAUCUGAGCCGUGCAGUGAAAGAUAUGAACGCUAUCUUUCCUGACUGGCCUUGUUUUGUAAUCGAAUCAAAUCCAGAACUUGUCUAUACCGCUGCCGAAUUGCAUGAUAGUGAUCUGUGGCGCGAACUCGAGAGAACAGGGCAAAUCAGCUACACCGUGCAGGUGGUGACGGAGAGGGAUGGUGAUAUCGUUGAGAGCCAUUCCGAGCUGAAAGUGGAAACUUUGCCUGAUGGAAUGACAUGGAGCGAAUUCAUUGUCAAGACCGCUGAAGAGCGCAAAGAGUUGGAUAAACGCUUUCCCGAAAUCCGGCGGGAACUCAAAAAGCGACUCGACAAAACUGGUGUUCCCGAACUUCACAAAGAGCUCAGUAUUGUCCUUGCCCAGCUUGCUGCCUCACAACGUACCGCCGAAAAGUUUACAGCUCAUUAUUCCCACCUGCCAGCCAAUUUACUUCCAAAUCUGCCCAAUUUUGAAGAAUUGGUGUGCCUUUUUCGAAUGAUGAAGCGCGGUCACGGUGAGGGAGAUGAGAAGCAUGCAGGGAUAAAUGAGGCGGAGUUGAUCAGCGCUCCCGACACUUCGUUGUUCCCAAAACACAUUGAGGAUGGCGCCCUCGCGUCUGUUAACAUCCUGCUGUGGGCGGAUGGUCCCGGGUGCAAGAAAGUUAUAUAUGCAGUAGCCGCGCAGUAUGCCCGUAUCGUUGAUCGUGUUAUCCGACGUAUCCUGAGAGAUUUUUUUCGCAAGCAAAAUCCAAAUAUGACAGCAGCUGAAUUUGAAGCGUUUCUAAAGAAGAAUUUAUGUGAAAGGAUUAUCUUAGGGCAUCAUCACAAAUCCGUCAUGUUACUGAUACUGGAAUGCCUUGAGGAGGAGGAGGAGGAUGUACCCGUGUACUGCCUGGAAAUGGAGCCUGGGAUGGCUGUGUUUUUCGCUCCUGGCACACUGCACUGGGGCGGCCAAGUGGGGGCCAAUACCGCCGUUGCUUUGAAUUUUGCGGAUCCAGACAACUAUUGCCGCCAGGUCCGGGGCGAUAACAAGUAUGUUCAAUGUGAAGACGACAAAGUGAAUAUGCGGAAGAAAAGUACAAAAUUUCCGUACGGAUUUGAUGAUGUGGUGUUUCCACUGCGAAUGGCGGCAACGGGACGAGGUUGGGAAGAGAAAAAGGAAUCGGAAAAAGACUUUCCCUGGUAUGCCACUAUGAAAAAUGCGCCAAAGGUCAUUCUACCACGUCAUUACGUAGAGGAUCCGGAGCUGGCUAAGAAGUUGCAGGAGACGCCGGCACCAACCAUAGCCCUUGCCAAAAAGCAUCUGUACACCGGAUGGCUUACUGCUGAACAGAUCGUCGCCCAAUCCAACAAUCCCAUUCUCCGCGGUGUUCGCCAACCAGAACCCAUAUACGACCACAAAAUGUUCCGCAGAAUGAUGGAAAACGAGGAGACUGAAAGUGGGGUGGGUUGGAUGAUGCUGGUGGUAGUGUUUUCUGACAUUCAGGAUCGGGAACAGCUCGUGCAACUACUCCUCGAGGGAAAGGUGAACGUGUUCCUUGUUGACGGCGUCCAGAGAUUUACCGUCGGCACCAUGCCAGGUCUGGACUUUGAACGAUUCUUGGGAACUGUUUACCUGAACCCAGACCGGGACGAUAUCGUGCAUCUGCUUACGUAUCACUGCCGUAAGCACCAUCACGAUGUGCUGGCGCCAACUGGACUUGAAGGCGUCGUUAUUCUGCGAGAAAUAUUUCAGCGCGUCGUGACUGAAUAUGUCUCCAAGUUUUCCACGUUUAAACCGGACCAGUUCUACACGUUGUACGGUCCUGACCUUCAGACUAACGUAGAGAACCCCUUCCGACAAACUCUACUGGUCGAAGUAUGCAGAGCAUUUCCGGAAUUCCAGAUCCUUUUGGAUAAAAACGGUGAGAAAAUGAACGCAAAACUACAUGAAAAGCGAACGGCUCAGUUUUGCGCUAUGCGAAAAAUCGGCCAACUGCCAGAGGAAUGCAUGGCAUCACUGGAGACCUUAUACCUUAAAGAUGAAAAAGAGCUUCGGAAAAUCGGUUUUAAUCCAGACACCAGUGAGGAGCUGCAGUAUUUGGGAAAGUACGUUACUCCAUGGAAGCUGGCGGAUAUUGUGCCGAAAAUUCUUACCUUUAAACGUCGGAAGGAGCUGUUCCACACAAAGGAUGAAUUUUUUGGCUUCGUUAGCUUCAUAAUUGGCUGCCUUGUUCGGACGCAGAAUCCUCUUACCAAGAAAUAUGUGAAGGAUAACUGGGAAACGAUAUUGCUUCCGGAAUGGCGCGCACAAAUGCAGGUAGAGGAAGCGUCCAUGCUUAUUAGCGAGGAAGAGGAAGAAGAGCUGGAGGAAGCAGAUAACGAUGAAACACAGGAACAGAAGAAUGGCAGUGAAGCCGACAACGACAGCAGUGCUGACGAGGCAGAUAACGAUGAAACACAGGAACGGAAGAAUGACAGUGAAGCCGACAACGACCACAACGACAGCGGUGCUGACAAGGUCACGGAAGAACAGGAGACCGGCAGUGAUGGCGAUCAGAACGAAGUGGAGCGGGAUGAGGCCAGCAGUGAAACAUCUGAGGAGGAGGACGAUGAUGUCGAUGAGGACGACAAUGUCGUGGAAGCGAUGAUUCAAGCUGAUGACCGCGACGCCUCACCAGCACCUCUUUCCGAACCUGAGAAAAAGAAGCGGAGGAACAGAGGGCGCGGCAAGAAGGGCGCCACCACUAAUAGUGUUGCUGUCAGAACUCUUCGGAGCGCGGCAACAACGGGAUCGGCAGUUCAAGAAGCAUCUGUUGACACUGAUCCGGACGUAAUGAUUUUGGAUGAUGACGAAACAAAUUCCGUAAAUGUCCAGCGUCGCCAAACACUCCGGUGGCUAGGUCAAAAUCUGCCAUUUACCGUCGACAUUCGAUUGUUAAACCCCGAUCCGCCUAAGACCGUCAAAGCUUCUGAGUGCCUGACUCUGUUGGAUCAUACUACAGCUGAAAUUACCGCUAAAGAAGAGGCUUUGAAAAGCGUUUUGAUGACUACAAAAUCCAGUAUUGUGGGCACAUUUUGGCUGCUGCGCCAUCGAUCUCAUCUACCAGAAAUCGUCCGGGUUCUCGUUUUUCCUGAUUCCGAUUCCGCGCGCGCCGAUAUCGAGACUUUUGGCCCGUUUAAUGAAGCUCGGCUGACCUACUCCGUAGAAGAAGGCGUCAACGGCAAACUGCGUGAACUAUCGAGAGGGCAGCCUUUGAUGAACGGAUUAAUCCCUGCUGAUUGCACGAACUCGUUCACUCUUACCAAGGACCAAGCUGAAAAAAUCCGUGAGCUGUGUGACCGCAGUUUUAAAUACGCACCUGACCGUUUCCACCUUGUACAGCAAGACGUCACCGCAGUCUGGGUCGGCAAGCCACCGGGAAAAGAGUUAGUGGUAGCUGCGUUAAACGCCGUUCGUAAGCUGCUUAAGGACCCGCGUAAGCGAAACGAUGAGGACUCUGACUUGCGGAAAGCGCUCAAAAAGGUCCUCACGCACCAACAUGCUGGUGUCGUGAUUCAGCUGCGCAGCGCUGUUCACGUGCCUGAUGUUCCUCUAGCUGCGGGAGACCAGCAGAUACCGAGUCCCGCAUUCUACUCGGCUUUCCAACGAUAUUUUGAGAUUCAUGAUGUGGAACCAAACGGUCAUUGCUUGUUCGAGGCCGUCUCUCAAGCCCUGUUCAAUGACCAGCAAUAUUAUCUGCACAUGCGCCUGGCAGCUAUUUACAUGUUUGUUAUGCACUUUAAGGAGUUUUUACCGCAUGUCGCAACAGCGUAUGAAGAUGCCAAUGUUCAGUUGAUGGAUGUUAUUUUCCACACCGCCUGUACCAAGGAUCGGACGCCUGUCCAGAAGGAAUGGGGUGAUGGAUUGCACCUUUUAGCUUUGGCGACUUGCCUGCGACGUGCAAUCUGCAUGUACCGUGGAUUCCAUGACGACGUUAAUCCCAAACCUGCAAAUUGGGAUAAAAAGCUGAGUGAUAAGCAGGUGAAAAAGCGCUUGAAAGAAAUUAGCGUUGAAGGAUGUGCCCACAUUACAUACGGUCCGCUUUUCGGCACGGCAUCCGGAGCCAUCAUCCAUCCAAUCCGUGUGAUGUUUACUAGCAACCACUACCUCGCUGUGAUGCCAAGAACUGCUGCCGUUAUGAACGAUUUUCUUCCGGCUAUAACGUAUACGCCUUUGGAUCAUUAGUCUUAGGAAAAUACCGUUUCGUCCUUUGUUGUUCCGUGGUGUUUGUGCAGAAAUCAUGCUUGUUUUCGUUUAUACUCUUUUGUUAUGGCUUUUGCUUUUUUCCUGGUUUCGAGCCUGAUAUUGUGUGCUUUCAGUUUUUAAGAUCUGUUGCUUGUAUAAGUGCAUUCAUAAUGAUGAUAUUUGUGUCUCUAGAUAGUAUGCGGUUUUACAUUUGCGAUCAUAC